AUGGCUCCCUCUGCAACUGCAGACAUAGCGCUGCCCUCUGGCCGGAACUCGCCCAAGCCACCGCCCGCGAAGAUCUGGAGCGUCAGCGAGCCUCCGUUCGAAGGCUACAAGCCCGUAGACACCGAGGGCUAUGCGCGCAGCAACCGUGAAACAGCCAUCGUAAUCGACAAUGGCUCCUCCGCAGUCCGCGCAGGCUGGUCCUUCGACAAGAACCCCCGACUAUCGCUGCGCCCUCUCGUGGCUAAAUACCGCGAUCGAAAACUCGCCCGUACCUUUACGUUUGUCGGCUCAGAUGUAUUCAGCGAUGGCACCGCGCGAGGCCAGUCCAAGAAUGUGUACGAACCGGGCAGCAAUAUUGUGAACAACUGGGAUGUGAUGGAAGGGCUGCUUGACUACUGCUUCAUCAAACUGGGUGUGGACGGCAAGAACGGAAGCAUAGACAGGCCCAUUGUCAUGACUGAGCCUGUCGCAAACCUGGGAUACACAAGGAAGACCAUGUCCGAAAUUCUGUUUGAAUGUUACGGCGCACCCUCCGUUGCGUACGGCAUCGACUCCCUCUUCUCCUACUCGUACAACGGCGGCAAGACGGGCCUCGUAGUCGAUUCGUCAUACACCUCCACACACUUGAUUCCCGUUGUCAACUCCAAAGCUUUAUUGUCGCAGUCGACGCGGCUGAACUGGGGCCGCUUCCAAGGCGCCGAAUAUCUGCUCAAGCUCCUCCGUCUAAAAUACCCGUCGUUUCCCGGGAAAGUCAGCGACCCACAGGCCGAAGACCUCGUCCGCGACCAUUGUUAUGUCAGUCAAAACUACGAGGAAGAGUUGUCAAAAUACCUCGAAUGGACAGGGCUCGAGGAUCGGGAUCGCAUUGUUCAGUUUCCGUAUGUUGAGCAAGUCGUGGUCCAGAAAACAGAAGAAGAGCUUGCGGCAGCUGCAGAAAAGCGCAAGGAGAGCGGUAGGAGGUUGCAGGCACAGGCUGCGAAAAUGCGCCUAGAGAAGUUAAAGCGCAAAGAAGAGGAGUUCGAGUACUAUCAGCAGCUGCAGACCCAGCUCCAGGACGUCACCAAAAAGGAAGCCAAACGAAUACUAGAGUCCAACGACUUCGAUGACGAGAGCCAGCUGGAGAAGAAGGUCCGUGAGCUGGAAAAGUCAAUACGGAAAGCUAGGAACAAGGACGUAGGCGACGUCGAAGAGGAAGUGCAGGAAGAGCCCACAUUCCCGCUGCUCGACCGCCCGGACGAGGAGCUCGACGAAGAAGAGUUGAAGCAAAAGCGCCAACAGCGACUGAUGAAGUCCAAUUACGAAGCACGCUUGCGCGCAAAGGCAGAGAAAGAGCGCGAGAAGGCGCGUUUAGCAGAGGAGCAGCGGCUCGACGACGAAAGGCGUGAGCAAGAUCUUGAGGGAUGGUCCGAAGAGCGUCGCACGGCGCGACAAGCCAUCAUUCAGAAGAUCAAAGAUCGCGAUCGUCUAAAAGCCGAACUCGGCAAUAGAAAAUCCCUCGCAAACCAAAUGCGCAUGAAGUCCAUUGCAACCCUCGCCUCCGAUGCGCCAACCAAGAAACGCCGGAGAGGCGGCGCCGACGACGACACCUUCGGUGCCGACGACGCAGACUGGGGCGUCUACCGCACCAUUGCUACCGGCGAACAGUCCGACGACGAAGAGGAAGAAGACCUCGGCAAAGCCCUCAAAGACAUCGAGGCCCAGCUCCUCCAGCACGACCCCACCUUCACCGAAGAAUCCACCCGCGAGGCCCAAACCGACUGGACCAAGUCCCUCCUCCACGCCUUCCUGCACGGCCCGUACCCCUUCGACCCAGAGAGCCAGAAGGAGGCGCACCAGCUCCACCUCAACGUCGAGCGCAUCCGCGUCCCGGAAGUCGUGUUUCAGCCCUCCAUCGCUGGGCUCGACCAGGCUGGCAUUGUUGAGAUCGCGUCGAAUAUUCUCACUGAACGGCUGGCGGAUAAUCGGCACCGUGACGACGUCUUCAAGGAUAUUUUCCUGACCGGCGGCAACACGCUCUUCCAGGGCUUCGAAGAGCGCCUCGCGUCCGAGCUAAGGGCUGUGCUGCCGGCGGAGCAAGAACUCGUGGUGCGGAAGGCGGACGACGCGGUGCUGGAUGCGUGGCGGGGCGCGGCGAAGUGGGCAGGCAAGAAAGAGAAUAGGACGAAUUUCAUCACGAGAGCAGAGUUCAUGGAGAAGGGAGGGGAUUAUAUCAAGGAGCAUGAUGCUGGGAAUGGGAUGUCAUUUUAG